AUUGCUGUGUCCUGUACCUGGGCAGGAGGGGCAGGUGCGGAGCUGCAGGUGAUUCAGCCUCACAAGUCAGUGUCUGUCGCAGCUGGAGAGACGGCCACUCUGAGCUGCACCGUGACCACCCUGACCCCCGUGGGGCCCGUCGUAUGGUUCAGAGGGACAGGGCCAGGCCGGGAGUUAAUCUACAGUUUCAAAGGAGGCCACUCUCCCCGAGUAACAAGUGUUGCAGACCCCACGAAGAGAGAAAACUUGGACUUUUCCAUCCUCAUCGGUAACAUCACCCCAGCAGACACAGGAACCUACUACUGUGUGAAGUUCCAGAAAGGAGGUGGUGAUGACAUGGAGUUCAAGUCUGGGGCAGGCACUCAGCUCACAGUGAGUGCCAAACCCUCUCGCCCUGUGGUAUCUGGCCCCACGGGCAGGUCGCCGCCUGGGCAGACAGUGAGCUUCACCUGCAACUCCCACGGCUUCUCCCCUAGAAACAUCAUCCUGAAAUGGUUCAAGGAUGGGAAUGAGCUCCCAGCCUCCCAGACCACCGUGCACCCAGAGGGAGACAGCCCUUCCUACAACGUCUCCAGCACAGCCAGGGUGCUGCUGGCCCCGGGGGAUGUUCGCUCCCAGGUCAUCUGCCAGGUGGCCCACGACACCCUAAAGGGGGACCCUCCUCUUCGUGGGACUGCCAACUUGUCUGAGGCCAUCCGAGUUCUGCCCACCUUGGAGGUUACCCAGCACAAGGUGUCAGAGAAACAGAAGAACGUCACCUGCCUGGUGAAGAACUUCUACCCCCAGCGCCUACAGCUGACCUGGCUGGAGAACGGAAACACGUCCCGAACAGAAACGGCCCCGACCCUCGUAGAGAACAAGGAUGGGACCUUCAGCGGGUGGAGCUGGCUCCUCGUGAAUCUGUCUGCCCACAGGGAGGAUGCGAUGCUCACCUGCCAGGUGGAGCACGAUGGGCAGCCGGCCAUCACCAAAACCAUCACCGUGGAGGCCCUGGCUCACCAGAAGGACCCAGAUGAAUCCUCUGCUGAUCCUGGGAAGCUGAAGGGCAUCUUCAUCGCGGUGGGCGUGGUGUGUGCCCUGCUGGUGGCCCUGCUGAUCGCCGCCCUCUAUUUCCUGCGAGUCCGACAGAAGAAAGCCAAGGGCUCCACUUCUUCUACAAGGCUGCAUGAGCCCGAGAAGAACGCCAGAGAAAUAACCCAGACCCAGGACAACAAUGACAUCACAUAUGCAGACCUGAACCUGCCCAAGAGGAAGAAGUCGGCCCCCCGGGCCGCUGAGUCCAACAACCACACGGAAUAUGCCAGCAUUCAGGCCGUCCGACCGCCCGCGCCUGAGGACACCCUUACCUAUGCCGACCUGGACAUGGUCCACCUCAACCGGGCCCCCAAGCAGCCAGCCCCCAAGCCCGAGCCAUCUCACUCGGAGUAUGCCAGCGUCCAGGUCCAGAGGAAGUGAACGGGGCCUCGGUCGUCUCUGGGCCUGUGCCCAGGAGCCUUCCUGUCCCCCGUGGGGCAGCCACCCCAGUUCCUGGAGGGCCGGGGUGGUGCAGGUCUUGGGACCCAAGGAUGAGGCUGGAUCUUGUCUCCCCAACCCGCUUGGCUCUCUAGCAUUUCCAGGGUGGCCACAGCCCCCCCCACAUUGCCACACAUGGAGGCCGAUGCUGCCAGACCAGCUGGGGAACCCACGUGGGAACUGGCCGGAGCUGCCAGGGGUCCAGGAAUUCUCAUGCCUCUCUCCAUCAACCAAGGGUCUUGGCCACGGUCUUGGCGACUCUUGACAGCCUCCUAGAUGCUUUGCAGCCUGAUCUUCCAAGGUGAGGAGGGAGAAAACCUCACCUGCUCCUCCCACCACCACCACCACCAUCCAGCUGGGGCUCUGGGAAAAGUUCUGUGUCGAUUCAACUGCCCCAUCCAUGGAGAAUCCAGAAAACAAAUUCUGGGACCACAUCCCGAGACUCGGUGAGGUUGCUGCCAACGGUCCUGCAUCCCGGACUGACACGUCACAAGCCCUGGGGAGGAGGGGACCCGCCAGGGAAUCCUCCACCACCACCAGGACUGAGUAACAAGACCCUCCUCCUCCUGCCCUCCGAGACUCCAUGAGGACCAGCAACCUGACCGUCACGCUCCACCUGGACCCGCCUCGCCUUCUAGACCUGAGCUUGCUUCCUCCAGCUAGCACUAACUCAGCAACAGCUCGCUGUGGACGCCUGUAAAUUAUUGAUAAAUGUGAAACGUGCAAUCUUGAAACUGAGGUGUAAGAAAAAUUUGAUCUGUGGUGUUUUGUUUUGUUUUGUUUUCUUAAAACAACGGCAGCAUUAUCUUGGCUCUUUGUCAUGUGUUGAAGUACAUGGUUGGGUCUUGUGCCGUCCAAGGUUUAGCAGUUGGUUCCUGGAGGGAAUAUCCUACAGCAGAAAACGAGUUCCUCCAUGUCCCAGAGCCCCGAGGAUGGGGAAGAAGGUUCCGUUCUGGCGGCUCCGUGGAGAUGCUUAGCCUUCUUUCUCUCCAGGACUAAAUUGGCCACGUUCUCAGCCAAGCCACGUGGCUGGUACUACUGCCUUCCUGCCCUGGGCGCGGUAAGUCGGAACCAGCCAGUGCUUCUGCAGGCUGCCUCCUCCACCCUGCGGUCUUGUCCGCACCUCAUGCCUCAGUCUGCUCACCUGGACAGGGGAGAGGAAGGUGCCUUCCCUCCCCACCAUUCCUCAUAAGCACUUUAGGGCCAUGCAGGGUAGGAAGCUGUGCCUGGCUUUCCCCCCACCCACCACCCCCCACCCCUUAGCGACCUCCCCCCAUUCCAGCUCUCUGAACUGAUCUCUGCAAGAGAAAUCUUCCAUUUCUGCUCUCAAACCCUAUUGGGAUCAAACUGGAAUAAAUCCAAGACAGACAAGCAGUCUGGGCAGCUGUAAGGCCAGGACUGACCCACCGUUCUGUCCCUCUAUCUCGGGAGGUUGGGCAGAAGCUGUGAACCACUGUCCUCUGACCCCCUUCCCUCCCCCUCUUCCAAUUCAGCAAGGGUGCCUGGCUGGGCCCAGGGCAAGCAAAAGGUACACGCUGUGUGUUCGGUCUCCACGUGUAACUGAUCAGCUCUUAGAACUGAGACACUAAUCCUCGCUGCUCCCCGCUCCGCCCCCGCCGGGGUCCGGAGGUUUGGUGCCCAAGGGAUUGCUGCUCAGGCCAGCAGAGCAAGAGAGAAGCUGACCCAUCCUGCCCGUCAGCGUGGCCUAUGGAUGGGACUCUGGGAGCUCAGCGCAGGCCCAGCUCUCUGGGGGACCGUGAGUUGGUGUGUUUGACAUGAUGGCAUUCAGGAAUGCGCUGAGCCAACAGGCCAUGUGGGCAGCGUUGGCCCAACGAGCUAGCGAUUCUCUGCGGCAUCUGGGAGCGCAGCGUCCCAGCCACCUGCCUCGGACUGUUCCCAAAUUCCAAAAGGUUGGCUUGUGAACCUUCGUCUCCCUGUCUUCUGCCCAGAGAAAACGCAGACACGCGGACACACACUCACGCGGAAUCUCGAAAGAAUGUUUCCUUGGUGCCAUUUUAAUUUAAUUUAAUUUAAUUUUGAAUUUUGGAAGGGGAGUGAGGGAAGGAGGCCAAGGGAGCCGUGUCGUUCUAGCUCCAGGCUGGCAGCCUGGAGAUGCUCCUACCUUGUGUAUCGAACCGCAGGAAAAGGAAGAGGUCGAGACAACAGUGCGGAAGGAGCGUGGUUUGGAGGGUUUAUUUUAAGACUGCUGGGAAGGAAACAGGCCCCAUUUUGUAUAUAGUUGCAACUUAAACUUUUUGGCUUGCAAAAUAUUUUUGUAAUAAAGAUUUCUGGGUAACAACGA